AUGGACCCUGCAGGCGUAGAGGUUAUCCACUAUUUGAAGUCGUCCCCUCCAAAAAACGUAGGUGAUGUUAGGCGUUUAAUGGGACUGCUAAAUUGCUAUCGGAGAUACAUUCCAAAUUUCUCUAGAAAAGCGAAACCAAUAUACGAUCUAAUUAAGAGUGACGGUGUAGAGACAGGAAAUAGCAAACAUAAUAUGAAAUCGAAAGGACAGUUACCCUCUAGUACUAUUGUGCAGUGGACUAACGAUCAUCACCUCAUCCUUGAAGACCUGUCAGAUCAUUUGGUUGACCCACCUAUGAUGGCUUACCCAGAUUUUACCAAACCGUUUAUUGUGUGCACUGACGCGUCUGAAGAGGGACUGGGAGCCGUCCUGUACCAAAGUCAAAACGGUGAAACAAGCUAGAGUUAUUGCGUAUGCUUCUCGAAGCUUGACACCCGCCGAAAGAAAUUACUAUCACCAUUCGGGCAAGUUGGAAUUUCUUGCACUAAAGUGGGCGAUUUGUGACCAUUUUCGAGACUAUUUGUAUUAUGCCUCGGAAUUCACAGUCUAUACUGACAACAACCCACUCACAUACAUCUUGUCUUCCGCAAAACUUAAUGCAACGGGUUUACGUUGGGUCGGAGAACUGGCAGAUUUCAAUUUUACUAUCAAAUACCGCCCCGGUAAAGUGAACACUGAUGCAGAUGCGCUGUCAAGGUUGCUGCCAAAUGUCGAUAGUUACAUGGAGAUGUGCACCGAGGAAAUUGCAAUGGAUACUCUCCAAGCCGUAGAAUCAUCAAUUUUGGAACAGCAAGCGAGUAACAUCAGCUGGAUCACAGCUUUUACUACAAAUCAGGAUGUGUUAGAAGAAGAUAUGAAGCACAUUAACAGUGUUUCCAUGAACACCAUUUCUUGUGACGAGAUUGCACUUGCCCAAAGAGACGACACAGAAAUUAGCAAAGUGAUCAAAUGGAUUGAAUCGAAAGAGAGACCUACUUCGGAAAAAACAUCUAAUGAAUCACGCUAUACACGGUACCUCCUGCACGAGUGGAACAAGUUGGAAUUGGACAAACAUGGAUUACUUCGGAGAAAAAUUGGAUUGAAGAAUCAAAUAGUUUUACCUAAAAAGCUCCAUUGGUUGGUGUACGAGGAACUUCACGAGAAAAUGGGCCACUUAGGAGCAGAUAGG